UUCGAUAUGCCUCUAGAGAAAAUCAAACAGGUUCACUCGAGACCACCAAAGCCUCCACCUGAAGAGAAGCCAGCACCAUCACCACCCAAGACCAAAACUGGGCCCAACUCCAUACCCGGCCCAGCCCAAGAUGAGAUGCCUUGCACAUCAGCAUAG